GGCGCGCGCGCCCCGGAAGCGGAAGCGAGCCGGGGCCCGCGGGGUGAGGACGAGUGGUGACGUUUCCCUGGUCGGCGGGUAGCGGCGGCCAGCGGCGGCCGGUGGUGUCUCGCGGUUGUCAGCGGCGGCUGCAGAGCGCUGGGCGGCCUCGCCGCGGCGGGCUGGGCUGGGCUCCGCCCGCGGGCCCCGCGCCGCGCUCCCGAUUCUUCUGAGUUGUACUUGAAGCCGCCAAAAUGGUUCUAGCAGAUCUUGGAAGAAAAAUAACUUCAGCAUUACGCUCACUGAGCAAUGCCACGAUUAUCAAUGAAGAGGUUUUAAAUGCUAUGUUAAAAGAAGUAUGUACAGCAUUACUGGAAGCUGAUGUUAAUAUUAAACUUGUGAAGCAACUCAGAGAAAAUGUCAAGUCUGCAAUUGAUCUUGAAGAAAUGGCAUCUGGCCUUAACAAAAGAAAAAUGAUUCAGCAUGCUGUCUUUAAGGAACUUGUUAAGCUUGUAGAUCCUGGAGUCAAAGCGUGGACACCUACCAAAGGAAAACAGAAUAUUAUAAUGUUUGUUGGUUUGCAAGGAAGUGGUAAAACAACGACCUGUUCAAAGUUAGCAUACUUCUAUCAGAGGAAAGGUUGGAAGACAUGUUUAAUAUGUGCAGACACGUACAGAGCAGGUGCUUUUGACCAGUUAAAGCAGAACGCCACAAAAGCAAGAAUUCCCUUUUAUGGGAGCUAUACAGAAAUGGAUCCUGUAAUUAUUGCCUCAGAAGGUGUUGAGAAAUUUAAGAAUGAAAACUUUGAAAUAAUCAUUGUUGAUACAAGUGGACGUCACAAACAGGAAGACUCUUUGUUUGAAGAGAUGUUACAAGUUGCUAAUGCCAUACAACCAGAUAACAUUGUUUAUGUGAUGGAUGCGUCCAUUGGCCAAGCUUGUGAAGCUCAAGCUAAAGCUUUCAAAGAUAAAGUAGAUGUAGCUUCUGUUAUUGUUACUAAGCUUGAUGGACAUGCAAAAGGAGGUGGAGCUCUUAGUGCAGUUGCUGCCACAAAGAGUCCUAUUAUUUUUAUUGGAACUGGCGAACACAUAGAUGACUUUGAACCCUUUAAAACACAGCCUUUCAUCAGCAAACUUCUUGGUAUGGGUGAUAUUGAAGGAUUGAUAGAUAAAGUAAAUGAGUUAAAGUUGGAUGAUAAUGAAGCACUCAUAGAAAAGCUCAAACAUGGUCAAUUUACGUUAAGAGAUAUGUAUGAACAAUUCCAAAACAUCAUGAAAAUGGGACCAUUCAGUCAGAUCUUGGGUAUGAUCCCUGGUUUUGGAACUGACUUCAUGAGUAAAGGCAAUGAACAGGAAUCAAUGGCAAGGCUAAAGAAGCUGAUGACUAUAAUGGACAGUAUGAAUGACCAAGAACUUGACAGUACGGAUGGUGCCAAAGUUUUCAGUAAGCAGCCAGGAAGAAUCCAAAGAGUAGCAAGAGGUUCAGGUGUUUCUACCAGAGAUGUUCAGGAGCUUUUGACCCAAUACACUAAGUUUGCACAGAUGGUGAAAAAGAUGGGAGGCAUCAAAGGGCUUUUCAAAGGUGGUGAUAUGUCAAAGAAUGUAAACCCAUCUCAGUUGGCCAAACUGAACCAACAGAUGGCAAAGAUGAUGGAUCCAAGAGUUCUUCAUCAUAUGGGUGGCAUGGCAGGAUUGCAGUCAAUGAUGAGACAAUUUCAACAAGGUGCUGCUGGGAAUAUGAAAGGCAUGAUGGGAUUCAAUAAUAUGUAAAGAAGCCUUAAUAAAAAUGGACUUGGUUGACUCUUCGUUGCAACUUCAGUGAAAGAAUUUGCUUUCUUCCUUUUUACAGUGAUGGGGGGAGUGGUCUUUUGAAAUAUUAUUCAGGCUUCUCAGUUUCUACAUCUAAUUUCUGAAAACUAUUUUUGCUUAAAGUAGUUCCUCUCCACUAAUAUGUGAUGGCACAAAGAGUAAUUCAAUUUAAUAAAACAAAAUCAUGAUGUAAAAUUUUAAUAUUUAGAGACACUUUUUAAUUGUUUACAUCAAAUGGCAGCCAUUAUAUUUGUAAACAACCCUGAUCUUUGGUUAUAGUAACAUAAAAUGUCACAAAUAUUCUGUAAAAUAAAAUUUAAGUGGUUAUAAACA